UGCGAGGGAUUGUUUACACGACUUAAUAAUCAUAAACAGUAGUUCAGGGGUUAGAGCCAUGCAAUAGUGUACAGUGUUACACUUUCUGCACGCUCGAUUUAAACCUCAGUCUUACCUUGUUUGGAUUAUACUCGCAAACUGACUCACGAGCCGAUUUCUAAAGGGCCUUCUAAUUAAAAAACAUUUGCUUGUUUUAUGAGCGGAUCGCCGCGCCCUGGGUCAAGAUGUUUACGCUAAAAGUGCCCGAAAAGUCCUCCGACAGUCAACAGGCCUCACAAAGGCCCCAUUCAGCUGUAACUGGAACCUGCGCUGCCACGUCAAGUAUAUCCUAGAGCACAGGGACAAACUUUUACUUUUACUUUACAUGAGCCAUGACGGUAGUUUGAAGUCUCUCGACGAGUCGGACAGGUGAGACAACAAUGAGGCAACAAGGAGUAUUUUGGAGCUGUGGAACGCCAUUAGCUUUACUGGCUUAACUGUACCUUGCUCUCUUUAUCGCACCUGAAACUACAAUGACUUUAAAAGUAGAGCACACUGGGUGUGACUGCACGACUGUAAUGGACUCCGGUGUUUAACCUACUUUCCCCGAAAAGCCUCAAAUGGCUGUGCGGAUGUCUCAAAGACGCAAACUGAUAUUACAGUAGUUUUGGGGGAAUCCGCAGGGUGAAGGGCGUCGAUGGGAAUUGGGGAUCUCUGGAGACCAGAGGGCCGCCCCUCAAUUGCAGCUCACGGAGCAGACAGGCGCUCAGGGUUAUUCCGGCGGAAAAACCGCUGCGUGUGUGUUCUCACAGGGGUCUGCUCCUCUGUGUGCGUGGCCACUGUGGUUUUCCUGUUACUCGUGGGAGUCUGCCUGCUCUACCUGCCGGAUGCAUUAGCGCCUGACCCGCUGGUUUCUCUCAGCCCGGUGACGCUGCUGAUUUGGACGCAUCCAUUCGGUCAGUAUCGAGAACUUCCGGACUGCCUCGAGCUGUUUCAGAUAGACGGCUGCACGCUCACGGACGACGAGCUAAGGUACCCACAGGCUGACGCCGUGAUAAUUCACCACCGGGAGAUUGCCACUGGCUACGCCGAUCUCCCACCAGAACCGCGGCCACCUGCGCAAAAGUGGAUAUGGAUGAACUUCGAGUCUCCCACGCACACGCGUGGACUCUGGCGUUUAGGGGGUGUUUUUAACCUCACGAUGAGCUACCGGACAGACUCGGACAUUUUCCUCCCCUAUGGGUAUCUGGUCCCCCUCGCGCGCACAGAGAGGGCUCUCCAGAAAGGCUUUGCGCUGCCGCUUCGCGGAUCUUACAGCUCCAAACUCCUGCGGUCACGCUUCGUGGCCUGGGUCAUCAGCAACUGGUCGGAGUCCCAGGCGCGCGUGACCUUCUACUACCAGCUGCGCCAAUACAUCCAGAUCGAUGUGUUCGGGCGCGCGGGCUCGCCGUUACCGACAGGCAGCGUGGUGCCGCUCGCCAAGCGGUACCUGUUCUACCUGGCGCUGGAGAACUCCCAGCACACCGACUACAUCACGGAGAAGCUGUGGAACGCCGUGCUGGCCGGUGCAGUCCCCGUGGUGCUGGGUCCGUCCAGGCAGAACUAUGAGCGUUUCCUGCCCCCCGAGGCCUUCAUCCACGUGGACGACUUCCCCUCAGUGGAAGAGCUGGCCCAAUACCUGCUGAUGCUGAGGCGGAGCCCAGCUCAGAUGAGACGGCACCUGGACUGGAGGAGGGGCUACGGCGUACGCCAGCCGACCUUCUUCAACGAGCACUUCUGCACAGCCUGCAGGGCGGUGAGGAAGACCAGAGGCAGGACUAAUGUAGUCACAGACCUGACACGUUGGUUCCACUCGUGAAAACAUGCAUCAGACCUCCAGCACCUGUUUGAAAUGACGGCAAAGCCGAGAGAUAAGACCAUGAGAGGGGAAAGAUUUACUAACCACAUGCUGCUUCCAGAGUUUACAAAUCAAAUCUUUUUAUCAUCAGUGAAAGAGUAUAUUUAAUUUAUGUGAUUUAUUAAAUAGUGUAAUAACUUAAAUACAUUUAUGAUCAUUGAUCUUAUCUGAGUGAAUUCUUCUAGAAGUUGUUUUUUAUCUUAAUUAAUUAAUUUAUUUUAACUGACUCCCAUCUAGCCAGUAAGAGUCCUUCUGAUAAAACAGUUGGAGUAGAGUUAACCUUCUGCACCAGGGCUUAACAACACAACAUCUGUAAUUUAGACCAGCGGUGUCAAACAUAGGGCCUGGGGGCCAGAAUCGGCCUGCAAAGACUCCAAUACGCUCAUCUGGACACCUUUUAGAAAAUCUGAAGGAGUGCAUAGUAUUUGAACUUAUAAUUGUAUUUUCAUAAGUUUUACAGCUUUUCCAAUUGAUAAAGUGCUUUUUAAAAAAAUGUGAAUUCAUAAAAAUGUUAUAUUUUGUAAUUACAGGAGAGUCAGUGCAAUAAACAACCACAACUUUUUAUGUAAUUUUAAGUAGGGGAGACCGGGGAUAGUUGUAACAUUUUUGACAUUUCUGUCUGUAAAUUGGAGCUCUUUUAAGGUAGUGGAU